CUACAGGCUACAAGGAGCCUUACGUACUGCAUUUUCCGAUCUGCCGACGCUGUUUGUACGACGAUGAGAUGACGAGGCUCCAUCAUCCAAGCUCUCCUUCUCCUUCCUGCUUCUGGUUGUAUCAGUUCAUGGACGGCAGCCUUGUUGUGUACUACUCCUAGUAGCCUGCUUUGGUGAAUAAUCUGGAAGCGGCCGUACGAUGAAGCUGGUUGUGUCCCAAUCGGCGUAUGUUCUGUUGGCAUCGAGUUCUCUCACGCUUGCUACCUGGAGACUUUUACAAUGGCGGGCCAGGAAGAGAGCGAAGGAGGCGGCUGAGCGAGUCCAGGAUAUGGUGCAACUUGGUCCAUUGAUCGAUACGAACAACAAAGAAGUUUGUGAGAACGUGGUCAAUGUUGCUAUUCGACGUGCAUCGAAAUGGAUAUCCUUCCAACUGAGCGCCGAGGAUGGGUCCGUCAUGAUUGGACAAGUGGGAGGUGUUUCUGUCCACAAACGCCCUUUGCUCACCUUGGAACCAGACUAUGUGAUGAAACCAGUGCAGAGGGACCACAGAGGCAUGCGGGAAAUAUUCUUGUACGAAGCAGUCAAGACUUUAUCGACCAACAAAAGCAGUCAUCAAUACGCAUCACUCUUGACGGGGGGGCCCUACAAAAAGAAUCAACACUACAACAAUUCUCAGUCUCCCAAUGGAAUUACCAUUACAGAUUUGUGGGAUACUCUGGCGAUUUGGUUUGCGAUGAAAAUGAACGAUCGCGUGGUAGAAGCGUAUGAAAAGCAAAUGAAUCAAUCCUGGAAAGUGCUAAGGAAGGAACGAGAUACUCUGCACAGAUUGGCCACAUUCAUCCCCGCCUACUAUGGUGUGGUAGGUCAACGGUCUCCUCUCUCCAUCCCAAAGGGCGAAGAGCAAGCGCACAAAGCAAGUUUGUCGCCUGACGUUGGUUUGAAUUCCUCCCAUUUUGGAAUGUCGCUCGAGGCGCACCUUUUGCUGACUGACAUUACCGGAAAAUUCCGCCGCCCCUGUGUGAUGGACAUCAAGAUGGGCACUCAGACGUAUGAGCCUGAUUGCCCCGAGGACAAGAAGAUCCGAGAGGCUUCGAAGUAUGCACAUCAGGAAACCUUCGGAUUCCGAAUAGUUGGAAUGAGAUUUUAUGACCCAUCACACAAAGAUGCCGAUGAGAAUGGAUUCCGACUCUUCUCCAAGGAGUACGGCCGAUCGCUCAGCACUAUGGACGAUCUAUUGAAUGCACUCAAAAUAUUCUUGGGUGCUGGAUGUGCAAAAAGAGUAGACGACUCUGAUGUUGUGGACGAGGAUGGAUUCAGCAGAAUAGAGCAGACAAACUCACAACUAUCACCGACAUCGACCAACGGUGAAGAUCCCUUGGACGCCGAAGAGAGGAUUCGAAUGAGAGCUUCCUCGAAUAUUUUGUCGGGGUUGCGCCCAGUCAUUGGUUUCAUGGAGGAGAACAAGUCGCUGGGAUUUUACGCGAGUUCCUUGCUCAUGGUGUUUGAGGGUGACAGAAGUGCUCCAAACCCAGAUGUGGCGACGGUGAAAAUGAUCGAUUUUGGUCGAGUAAGACGACAACCAGGUGGUGACCCGGGGUACCGAUUGGGCUUGCGGAAUCUCAAGUCAUUAAUCGAUACGCUGCGGAAGGAAGAAAAGCAACGGUUACGGUCCUCUGUGUCUAUGAUGCCCCCAGAAGCUGUUCAUGAUGACGAAUAAAGUUUGUACUUAGCCUUUAGCACGAUUUUGCCGCAAGACUUUUCGAACACUGU